CCGGCAUCCACUCCGCCGGGAUGACAGGAAAGCUAUCGUCACGACAGUUAACAGUCCCUACACGCAACUAAACUAAGGUAGGAAAACAAGAUAAGUAUAAGUUCAUCCGUAUUCUAGAUCAUAUCCAUGAACUCGUAAAUCGUUAAACCAAGUAAUAGUCAAAGGACAACCCCCUCAACACCGAAGUCUCUCCACUUUAUCUUCUUCCUCCGGGUAUAAGAACCCUGCAGAGUAUCAUGAACUCGGCUGGUUAAAUAUUAAAGGCAGUUUACUCUCACAUGGUAGAUAUACAUACUUGCUUGCCGACCUGGUAUUUGAUUUGAGUAGAACACGAGGAAGGAUUUCAACAUCCAAAAUAUACCUCCAUACCUGUUCAAGAUGUCGCCUCCCCUAGUAACCCAUCUUUACACCGCGGAUCCCUCUGCCCACGUCUUUGAUGGGAAACUAUACAUUUACCCAUCUCAUGACCGCGAGACUGACAUCCAAUUCAACGACAAUGGCGACCAAUAUGACAUGGCCGAUUACCAUGUUUUCUCACUCGACUCACUCGACGCCUACGCGUCAUCCCCUUCUUCUGCCUCCGCAGAACCGCCUAAAGUAACGGAUCACGGCGUCGUGCUACGUACGGAAGACGUACCGUGGGUUAGCAAACAGUUAUGGGCGCCCGACGCGGCCUGUCGCAAGGGCAAAUACUAUCUAUACUUCCCGGCGCGCGACAAGAAUUCCGUAUUCCGCAUCGGCGUCGCGGCGGGCGAUACCCCUGUCGGCCCAUUCGUCGCGGAGCCAGAACCUAUCCCGGGCAGUUUCAGCAUCGACCCGGCGUCUUUCGUGGACGACGACGCCGACGAGUCGGCGUACCUGUACUUCGGCGGCCUCUGGGGCGGGCAGCUGCAAUGCUACCAGAAGGGCAACGCGCCCGAGCACUUCGACGCGGCAUGGCUCGGGCCCAAGGAGCCCUCGGGGCCGGGCGCCAAAGCGCUGUGCCCCAAGGUGGCGAAGCUCGCGGACGACAUGCGGUCGUUCGAGGGCGCCGUGCGGGACCUCGUGAUCCUCGCGCCGGAGACGGGCGAGCCGGUCGACGCGGACGACCACGACAGGCGCUUCUUCGAGGCCGCGUGGAUGCACAAGCGCGCGGGCGUGUACUACUUCAGCUACUCGACGGGGGACACGCACUACCUGGCGUACGCGACGGGGCCGAGCCCGCUGGGGCCGUUCACGUACGCGGGGCGCCUGCUCGAGCCGGUGCUCGGGUGGACGACGCACCACUCGGUCGUCGAGUUCCAGGGCCGCUGGUGGCUGUUCUACCACGACUGCGAGCUGAGCCAGGGCGUGAACCACUUGAGGUCCGUGAAGGUGAAGGAGAUUUUCUACGAUGAGGACGGGAGGAUAGUGUCGGAAAAGCCUGGGGUGUGAGUUCUAGGAGGUUUAGGUUGGGAGGUGUUGUACAUAUUUCUUGUACCAUGAUAUUGGGAGCCACGGUAUUGUACCUUAGGAGGUAGGCAGUGAGUUAGUUGUAUGAUAAUAUUCGGUGUCUACCUGGGCUAGUUCUAGAACCUCAAUAUGAGGUCAGUACCUCAUAUACUUAUGUCUUAUUAAAUGGUUCGCCAAUAUCUUUAAGCAGCAUAAGUAAGCACCACACCCCUCCAACGCCAACAAAUAUUGUAAUAUGGAUGCUUUCACGC